GCUGACUGGUACUGUAGGCAGCCAUGUCUCAGGACCCGAUUCCUUAUGCCUGGCUCGCGAUCCCUGCGCUGUGUAUCCUGCUCUACUCACUCAGUCGCAGCAGCCAAGGAAACCGCCAUCUCCCUCCAGGCCCCAAGCGCCUCCCGCUCGUGGGCAACGUCUUUGACUUGCCAUCGCAAUAUCCGUGGCAAUUUUUUGCUUCGUGGGCGCAGAAAUACGGUGACCUGAUGUAUACCGAGACCUUCGGUCACCGUACGAUCAUCAUCAACUCGCAGAAGAUCGCGCGAGACCUGCUGGAGAAGCGGGGCGCGAAGUACUCAAGUCGACCGCGAAUGGCACUUCUGGUCGAGCUAAUCGGGUGGUAUCCCAUUACGUCGUUAUUGCCUUAUAGGUCGGAAGGCCACCGCAAGCAACGUCGGUGGAUAUGGAGCGCUUUUGGCGAGAAGAAGGCGGUGCAGAACUAUAGAGAUCUGAGAGAGCGGGAGACGUACACCCUCUUGUUGGGCCUAAUGGAGAGGCCCGACGACUUUGCUUUGCACAUCAAGCGACACGUCGCGGCACUAGUCCUCGAAUCCGUGUAUGGACAUCGGAUCACCUCGCUGGAAGAUGAAUAUGUGACUCUGAUGGACAACGCUAUGGACGCGACCACCGCAACUGGAGUAGCAGGCGGGACGGCGGUAGACAUAUUCCCGAUUUUGCAACACGUCCCCGCCUGGAUACCCGGAGCGGUCUUCAAACGAGUAGGGCUACAUGCGAGGCAGCUCGUAUGGAAAGGCCACCACGUACCCUAUAGGAUGGUCCGAGAAGCAAUGGUAUCUGGCGACGCGCGACCUUCAUUCGCGUCCGCCCUCACAGAGAAGGCGCAGAAAGCGGGCCGGCUGGCUCAAGAAGAGAACGACAUCCGCUAUGCAGCAGGGAAUAUAUACGGCGCUGCAACAGAUACGGUACAUAUCUACAUUGACAACCUCGCACCGUUCCUGAUCGAAGCUACGACGGAUAGACGCACGAUGGUGCUCCAUCCAAAUGUAUACAACAGAGCGCAGGAGGAAGUGGAUCGUGUCGUCGGGAAGAAUAGACUUCCGACUUCGGAAGAUAGGCCGCGUCUACCUUACAUCGAAGCCGUCCUGAAGGAGACUUAUCGCUGGCAUGCGCCCGUCACUCUAGGCAAGGGCUUUCUAGGACUACCGCAUUAUCUCGAGGAAGACGACGAAUACGGAGGCUAUUAUUUACCCAAAGGAUCAACCGUUGUGGCAAACGUGUGGUCGAUCUGUCGUGACGAGCGCAUCUGGGGCGAUCCGGCUGCUUUCCGUCCGGAGCGUUUCCUUGAACCGAAGUCUGAAGUGCUAGAUCCAUUCAACGUUGUCUUCGGCUACGGACGCAGGAUCUGUCCCGGACGCCUAUUUGCGGAUACAAUGCUGUUCCUGGCCAUAGCAAACAUGACGGCUACGCUGGACAUCCGGAAGGCCCGCGAUGCAGAAGGGAAGGAGAUUACUCCGGAAGCGUCUUUUACUCCCAACUUCAUCAGCCAUGCUGAAGAAUUUAAAUGUUUCAUCGCACCGCGCUCUUCAGCAGCGAAGGCACUCGUCGCGGAGACAUUGGCGAGGGUCCCUGCAUGAUGACUCUUUUGUGGCUGCAGAUUUGGACGGAGGUUGACCCAAGAGACACCUGACGGGAUGCAUCGGAUACAAGCUAUGUACUACUUUAUACACGAACACGCGAAUAUGCUCACUCUGUUUUUGUCGCUCCCUACUUAGCAUGUAUGAACUAUAGAGUCGUAAUUGCGAUCGUACGAUAUUAAGAGUAAGGUACUGUAGGUUGGAUGUCGGUGACAACUGGGGGCCUCUCGGAAAGGUGAAGGCUACAUAGUAUUAUGCGCUGCUAGGGCGCGUCUGCGUAGGGAGUAGUGACCAAAUGGAAUUUCCUCGAUAAUCCCUCUACUCGCGCGUCAAGGUCGCGUAGGUACUUAGUUGCUGGGUGACGAAAUG